AUGUUCUUGCAGCAGCACUGCGUAGGCAGAGGCGUCCUGCAGGUCAGCGGGAUGCAUGUAUACACAUCUGGGGAUGUGGAGGCAGUUAACGGGACGGAUGUCCGUCUAAAAUGCACAUUUCAGAGUAGCGCCUCCAUCAACCCCAAUUCCAUUGUCAUCUCCUGGAGCUUCAGACCCCUGAAACCAGGCAGAGAACAGUCGGUGUUCCACUACCAGCAGAAACCAUAUCCUCCAUUAGAGGGCAUUUUCAGGAAGCAUGUCAGCUGGGCCGGUGAUGUCAUGGGCCGAGACGCCUCCAUCAUACUUCAACAGGUCAAGUUCACCUACAAUGGUACUUACAUCUGCCAGGUUAAGAAUCCGCCGGAUGUCCACGGCACGGUCGGAGAGAUUCGAUUUCGUGUCGUCACCACAGCGUCUUUUUCCGAGCUUCUCCUUCUGGCGUUAGCCAUCGGGGGCGGUAUCGCGGCUGUGGUCAUCCUCCUCAUCAUCUUUGUGUCCUGCAGGCGGUGCAAGAAGAAAUCACUGAGACAGCUGGAAGGGAAUGAGGAGGCUCCUCGUAAAGUGAGAAAAGACCCCACUGUGUGCCAUCCAGGGAGGGCCAUCCACCUCUACCUAUCAGAGACGUCCAUGGAGAUUGACAGUUCAGAUGGCAUGAUUUCAGAAGCCAGCACCAAAGACCCCAGCUCCUCAGAGAGUGAGGGCCCAAGCUCAGACGAAGAGGAAGAUGAUGACGACUCCGACUGA